AGAUGGCUGCUUCCAGUGCUUCUGAGGUUGCAAGUUCCAGACUGAAGAGAAACUCGGAUGACAUGGCAUGGGAGUUUGCUAUGCUGAUUGAUCCAGAUGAUCUGCAAAGAGUGUGAAAGAAAUUGGAGCGUUUUUGAACAAGUUGAUGCAAAGAGGAGAAAUAAAUUAGAUGUGCGUCGUAGGGACGAUCUAGUUUAUAUUCAAUUCAAUGGAAGAUUUCUAGACAAGAGAAAGAAAUACUCCUCAUCUUGUGAUGUUCUCCUUGGUGAAGAUGCUUCCACAACCCAAGAUUGGAUAUGUGAAGAUGCUUACGAUGAUGAAGAGAUGGGAACUACCGGAGUUGACAAUACAACAGAGCCUCGUAGAAGUCUAAGGGUGAGAGAGCUCCAUGAAGUGGAAGACUUUGUUUCCGACAAUGAAGAUGACACUGUGCCUAUCAAUGAAGAUGAGAUUGAGUUUGAUUCUGAUGAUGACAUGGUUGGGGGCAUAGAAGAAAAUGAUGAGGAAGACCUGAUGCAGCCUUGAACCCUAGGCCUUUUAACAAUCUCAUUCCUAGUACUGUGUGUUGCUUGCUAGAAGCCUACGGCCUUAUUUUGGUUGUGACUUGUGACUUAUGAGAG